AUGGGUCCGAGUGAUUGGGUGAUUCAUAUUACAUUUGAUGGAAAUUUACAUUGGAGAUUAACUUCUAGUCCUGAUGGAAAUACUCUGUAUGGAAUGGGUGAUAACUUUUAUAGAGUUUCAUCGAAUUCAAAUUUUGCUCAACCAAGUGUUUAUAAUGUGUAUGGAUUGAGUUCAGGAAUGAUGGCCUCAGGAAUGAUGAAUCAACAAACUCUCAAUACUACUUAUACUGAAAAUUCUGGAAAAGCUUGGUCAAUCACUUCUUGUCCACAUGCUGGAUAUUUCAUUAUGAGAAAUCAACAAGAUGGAAGAAAUGCAGAGUUUUAUGUUGCCAAAGAUGUCUCUUCAAAUAAGCAUACCAUUUAUGUUCAAUUUCAAGGAAAUCCAUAUCCUGUGAAAUCUGAAACAUUUGACAUGAAAAAUAUUCCACUUUCGAAUGGUGAUGUUUUUAGAUGUCUUAUGACUCCUCCAUCAAUACAACCAACUCUGAAUACUGGAUAUGGUAUUUCUAUUGGAAAUUCUGGUAUUAAUGUUUCAUUCACAACUCCAAGUACAAUUAUUCCACCAACCACAACCUCUGUCUAUAAUCCUCCUCCAAUGAAUUAUCCUCCACCACAACCUUUUGGUCAACCACAGCCAUUUGGACAACCUCAACCUUUUGGUCAACCACAACCAUUCUCUCAACCACAGCCAUUUGUUCAACCUCAAGUUUAUGUCCAACCAAUGUCAAUAACAUCAACUAGCUCACUUGCUAAUACAAUUAUUAAUGCUUGCCAAGGCAAGAGUUUUGAUAGUGACAAGAUGAAGAUUGUUGUAACAUAUUCCACAUCCCAAGUUUCUCCAAUGGCCGGUAGUGAUCUCAUCCGAGUUAUUUCAUUGUUUGGAUUCGAAUCUGACAAGGUAAAAGCCGUGCAACAAUUGAAGAAAACCAAUAAUAUUGCAACAAUGGAUUGUUCCACUGCAUGUUCACUUGUAAGAUCAUUUGCACACGAUAGUAAUAAGGACCAUGUUCUCCGUGACUUGUGUCCAUACAUUUGGGAUCGUAGACAAAAUUGUGAAUCCCUUGUAUCUUGUUUAUCCUUUUCAUCUAGCCAAAAUCGUCUCAGAGAUUUCAUUUUGAAAAAUUAA